GCGGAUCACCUGAGUCGGCAGAGCAUGGGCGUAUGGGUUUGGAAUCAGUUACUUCCCGUGCAGCUACAUGGAUGUCAAAGUUGGGAGACUUGUUUCAGCAGCGUCGGGUUGAAGUGCAUACAACCUGGAGCCCGGCUCAUCGGGCGGAGAACCCAUGGCUGGAGCAGCGGCCGUUUGUGGCGCCGCCUUUACAAGCAGAGAGAGAGGUUCCCAGGGAGGGAGCCAGAUCUACCCCGCCGUCCACUGGGUCGGCCACUGUACCCUACGAGCUUGUGCAAGCAGAGGUGUCAAAGCAGCUUGAGGGUGCUAUGAGUGAAAUUUAUGGUACAAUGGUUGGAAAGUUGGAGUACGAGCGGAAAAAGGCAGAGGAAGCAGAGCUGCAGGCGCAGGCCCUGCGCGAACAACUGGAGGUUCUGGAAAUGCAGACAAGGGAGCUCGCUAGGGGAAGCCAGCCUCGAGAAGAGGGUUUGGGCAAUGACUCCGCGUUGAGGGCCCCGUUUAAGGACAUCUACGAGUUUGCCUAUGAGCAAGUCCAGUUCUAUGCCUAUGACCAGGGUGUUGAUCCUUCGCGGCCUCCGGCGGCUGAUGCGGGAAGAGGAAGACGCUUUCUUCAGGGUCUACUGGGCUUUGGGACUGGUGGAGGAGCUACAAGAACUAGUGGGCCCACUCCUACGUCAACGGGGGCUCCACCGGGCAAUCCAAGGCAACCUCCUGCAGUGGCCUCUACGAAUAUUGCUGGUAGCGACCAGGUGUUGACCGCUAUGGCUAAGGGGAUUGAGUCGUUGCUGUUGAACCAGGGAAGCAGAGCUGACAGACCGGAGACUGUGAAGCCUGGAAUUACUGAGCUGCCUCAUCUGCCACCGUACACCCCAGAAACGGGGAGUAUUGACCUGAUCAAUUGGGUUACCCAUAUUACGCCUAUUAUGGAGGACUUGAGCGAUUCUUCCAGUGUGUGGUGGACUGCAACUUUACAAGAAGUGAUGACAUGCUCGAUAUUCUGUGGCUACGCCCUUGGAAAGGAUUCAGCUUUUGCCUAUGAGAUCUCCUACCUCCAAGAGAAGGCGCUGGUUUUAGCAAACUUGGAGAAACCAAGCGAGUGCAGCGAUGCUAAAGGAGCUGUUGAAGCUCUACGCAAAUGGGCUUUGUGGAGACGCAGGGCAAUGGCCAUUGGGAUCACGGAGCCGGUCCACUCUUCAAGUGGACACGUGUCCUACACCUGUCCCAGCGCCUGCAUCGACCUCUACGCCAACGGGGACUUCACCGAAGCAACCACCUGGGCAGUGCAGAUUCUUUAUGUCAGAAAAGGGGUGCAGGCGAACGUGCCAAGCGUUGUCUUGUAUGUGGAGGCACAGGGCAUAAAUCGAAGGAGUGCAAGGCCCCGGGAGGAGGUUGCGAUGAAGGUUCUUUCGGUCCUUGAGGAUGUUAAAAGGGUUCGAGCCUUUGCCCCACUGGUUGAGGCGGUGGAUCGUUGGUCAAAGCGGUGGGCCCCUAGCGGCCGAACCGCUCUCAUGGACAGUGGAGCCACGCAUCCCUUAAGGCAGCCGCGAAACGAACAAGAAUGGUUGGAUGCUAUGAAUGUGAAGGUGGCUUUGGCUGGGGAUGCAAAGACGACUAUGAAGCAGACCACCUCUGGAACGUUGUUAAGUGGCGAUGAACUUUCCCAGGUUAUA